CUAUAGAAUGCUUGCAUUUCGCACUUUACUUGUAACAUAUAGGUAAGUGUAGGUUGUCUAACUCUUUUGAAUUAUCGUUUAAAAAAGAAACAAAACACCUGAAUAAAGUGAAAAAGUAGAGGUUUCUCUAAGAGUCUAAACUGAAGAUUGAACAUUUGUAUUUAGAUGAACUUAGUGUCAUCUCACAAGAACUGUGCUUUGUAGAUACAUCAAAACUUUUACAAUGAAGACAGUUUUGAUGGUGGCUGAGAAGCCCUCACUAGCUCAAUCAUUAGCUAAAAUAUUGUCCAAUGGGAACAUGAACUCAAGGAAAGGCUCCAAUGGGGCUUGUUCCAUUCAUGAAUAUACUGGCAAGUUCAAUGGAGAGCAAGUCUUCUUCAAAAUGACUUCAGUCUGUGGACAUGUCAUGGGUUGUGACUUUCCAGGCAAAUACAAUAACUGGGACAAAGUAGAUCCUGUAGAGCUUUUUACAGCACCAAUUAGCAAGAAAGAAGCCAAUCCAAACUUACAUAUGCCAACAUUUUUACGGAAAGAAGCCACCAGUGUAGACUAUCUGGUCUUAUGGUUGGAUUGUGAUAAAGAGGGAGAGAACAUUUGCUUUGAAGUUAUUGACUGUGUCAGGAGUGUAAUGAAUCGUCUAUCCACUCAGCAAAUCUACAGAGCAAGAUUCAGUGCAAUUACAGAUACUGACAUAAAGCACGCCAUGAAUCAUUUAGUUCAACCCAAUAAGAAUGAAGCGUUGUCUGUGGAUGCAAGGCAGGAGUUAGAUCUACGAAUUGGAUGUGCCUUUACACGUUAUCAGACUCGUUUCUUUCAGGGUAAAUAUGGAGAUCUGGACAGUACUCUGAUCUCUUAUGGACCUUGUCAGACUCCUACUCUUGGUUUUUGUGUUGAACGUCAUGAUAAAAUCCAGUCCUUCAAGCCAGAGCCUUACUGGGUGAUUAAUGUGCAGGUUCAGCUCCCAAAUGGGAAAAAUCUAUAUUUAGAUUGGGAAAGGGUGCGACUGUUUGAUAAAGAAGUGGCCCAAAUGUUUGUUAAUCGUAUCAAGACCGGAGAUGGUGCAUUGGUCUUGGAAACUAUUCAGAAAAGAGGAGAGAAACAAAGACCUCUUGCUUUAAAUACAGUUGAAAUGUUGAGAGUAGCCAGUUCAGGGUUAGGCAUGGGUCCUCAGCAUACAAUGCAGAUAGCUGAAAGACUCUACACCCAAGGAUACAUCAGUUACCCCAGGACUGAAACUAACUCUUAUCCAGAAAAUUUUGACUUGAGAGGUACUUUGAGACAACAGGCUUCCCAUCCAGUUUGGGGCAAAUAUGUGACAGAGCUGCUACAGAAUGGCAUUGAGAAACCAAAGAAGGGCCAUGAUGCAGGAGACCAUCCACCUAUCACUCCUAUGAAGGCUGCCACUGAAGGAGAGUUAGACCAUGACAGCUGGAAGCUCUAUGAUUACAUCACUAGAAACUUUAUUGCUACUGUCAGUCCCAACUGCACUUACCUGCAAACAACUAUUUAUUUUGAGAUUGGCUCAGAGAAGUUUUCUUGCACCGGAAAAGUUCAGGUUGACCCUGGGUUCACCACUAUCAUGCCAUGGAUGCAACUGGGCGAUGAUGAGGAGAUACCUUCUUUGAAGAAAGAUGAAAAGUUGUCAGUAGAAGAGGUGAAACUGGUAGAGAAACAAACCAGUCCCCCUGACUAUCUGACUGAGAGUGAACUGAUUUCUCUGAUGGAGAAGCAUGGGAUUGGCACUGAUGCCAGCAUCCCUGUUCACAUCAACAAUAUCUGUGAGAGAAACUAUGUCUCCAUCAUCCCUGGCAGGAAGUUGAAACCAACACCACUUGGUAUAGUACUUGUUCAUGGCUACCAAAAGAUAGAUGUUGACCUGGUGUUACCUACGAUUAGAUCAUCAGUGGAACAACAGCUGGCACUUAUAGCUCUGGGGAAAGCAGACUUCUUAGAAGUCAAGCAACAUGCCAUUGAUAUAUUUCACAGAAAGUUUCGCUACUUUGUGGACUGCAUCACUGCUAUGGAUGAAUUGUUUGAAAUGACGUUUUCCAGCUUAGCUGACAGUGGAAGACCAUUGUCUAGGUGUGGAAAGUGUCGAAGAUACAUGAAGUUUGUCCAGGCCAAACCUUCUAGGCUCUACUGCUGUUCUUGUGAUGAGACAUUUUCUUUACCACAAAAUGGAAAUAUUAAACUUUACAAGGAGCUGAAAUGUCCAUUGGAUGAGUUUGAGCUUGUAUUAUGGACAACUGGAGCUAAAGGAAAGACUUAUCCCCUGUGUCCAUACUGCUACAACAAUCCUCCUUUCAAUGACAUGCGUAAGGGCAUGGGCUGCAACGAGUGUACUCACCCAACCUGCUCACAUGCUUUUGCACAAAACGGGGUGUCAGAAUGUGUUGAGUGUGACAACGGCGUCCUCGUUCUGGAUCUUACGUCGGGACCUAAGUGGCGCAUGGCUUGUAACAAAUGCAGCGUAGUCAUCCAUUUUUUUGAGGGAGCUUCCAAAGUGAGUGUCAAAGAUGAGUCCUGUGAAGAAUGUGGUGCCAAUGUUGUAGAAGUUGCAUUUAAGGAAGGCAAAAGCCCUUUACCAGAGUCCAGCUCUGAACACACUGGUUGUGUUUUCUGCGAUGCUAUCUUCAAACCUCUUAUAGAGAAACAUCAUGCGGUUGCUCUCAGAAGAACCGGAGGAGCUCGAGUCAGCAGAGGAGGAAGAGGGAGGGGAAGAGGCAGAGGACGUGGGCGAGGAAAACCUAAAGACAAGAUGGCACAAUUAGCUGCAUAUUUUGUAUAAACUGGAAAUGCUAGUCUAAUAUCAUAUAAAUAUACUGUUAUAGUCAUUUUUACAAGAUCAUAUUUUUGAUAAUUAAUGAAUGUUCUGAAUUUGUAUUUGCAUGAUUUAGCAAUGAAUGUAUAAAACUAGUUAAGUUUAUUUAGAUGUUUAAACAAAACUAUUUAUUUCCCUAUUGCUUGAAUUACUUUAGUCCUAAUUAGAACAUGACCUCUUACUUCAAUUCGCUUAGAUACAAGAUGC